UCGGGGUCCAGUCAGUUUGGGGAGCAACAGUCUAUCGAAGGAACACCAUCUAUCGACCAAACUCUGCAUCAUUUUCUGCUCGACAUUGCAGCUUGAUCAAUUUUCGCUUUCGCUUUCGAUUCCAUACGAAUACUUCGUUGGAGGCCGGUUUCAUUCGCUAUCGCGAUUGUAUGACCAGGUAGAGGUCACACUACCGACAACAAAUCCAAACGCGUCAUUUCGAACACUGCCCACUUGACCAGGAGAUAUGGGCGGUGAAGAACUGAUGCCGGAGGGCGUACACCAUUAUGACGAAUCAUCAGAAAUGCCAGAGAACAUCCAAAAAUAUUGGCACCAACGCUAUGAUAUUUGGUCUCGUUAUGAUGAAGGUAUCUGGAUGACUGACGACGUCUGGUUUGGUGUAACCCCCGAACCGAUAGCCAAUCGCAUUGCCGAUCACAUCAAGACUGGCGGACCUGAAUCAAAGUCAAUCAUCAUAGAUGCCUUUGCUGGUGCCGGCGGUAAUGCCAUCGCCUUUGCUCUCUCCGGUCGCUUUAAGCAGGUUUUCGCCAUCGAGAAGGACCCUGCAACACUUGCCUGCGCACGUCACAAUGCUGAGGUAUAUGGUGUAGCGUCAAAAAUCUGGUGGAUUGAGGGCGAUUGCUUCGACGUCCUCAAAAAGCGUCUGAAGUCAUUGGCCAAAGACGCCAUCGUGUUUGCCAGCCCACCUUGGGGAGGUCCUCAGUACAGCGAUGAUAACAUCUUCGACCUCAGUACUAUGCAACCCUACAAUCUCAAGCACAUCUACGACAGCUUUGCAGCUUACGUCCCAGACUUUGUGCUCUUCUUGCCUCGCAGCUCCGACCUGAACCAACUGGCCAAAUACGCCCCUAAGGAUAAAAAGCUUGAAGUUGUGCACUACUGUACGAACGGCUCUAGCAAGGCUCUCUGCGCCUACUUUGGAGAGUUUCAAUUCCAAUGAUAACGGAUCGAAAGGAAAUGAGGAUAGGACAAACCACAAGAACACCUAAAGUACAGCCGGCUAGAGACCCUUACCGGCGUCCUUAGACCAUUCCAACAUCACCCAACAGCCACGCGACCAAAGCUUCAUAGCCAACUAAAACUCCCUCAACCAAGCUCCUUUCCCGCGCAUACAUCCAACCCAUAUAUUCGAGAAAAUCCUGUCC